AUGGAGGCUGGUUUGUUGCUCCCGUUUGCAUGCCUCUUCCAUGCUCCUCCACUGCCAUGCUCCUCCACUGCCAUACUCCUCCACUGCCAUGCUCCUCCACUGCCAUGCUCCACUGCCAUGCUCCUCCACUGCCAUGCUCCGCUCUCAACUCUCUGUGCUACCCCACACUCGUUCCUUCUCCAUCCUUCCCUUUGCCCCUGUGUCCUGCCUGCUCCCCCUUCCCGCCCAUCUACUGCCCGCCGCCACCAGUCUGGGGGUGGUGCUGCUGGAGCUGCUCAUCCCUUCCAGCAACUCCAGUGCACCAUCAUUGCAGACACAGCAGCUGCCAACGCUGCUGAUGCUACACUGGGCGUUCCCAUACCGAAUGUUCUUAUACCCAGUUUGGUGCGGCUGGCUCGUGUCGGGCUCGCAAGCACAGCCAUGCCUGCUUCCACCCGACCCUCCUUGGGAAGAGUUCUUGCUGAGCUGGAGAUUGUGCGGGAUGACGUGGCAACAGCACUGAGGAGGAUGGAAGAAAAGGUGGAGAAGAAAGAAGGGGAAUUGCAGGGAGGGAGGGUUGCCGUGGCAGGCAAUAGGGGAAAUGAGCAUUUGGACUCGUUGGGCAAUCCUUCCCUCGCUGACCCUUCCUCCACAUCUCCUAAUCCUUCCAAUGCUCCGUCGCAGCUUCCUCCUCCUCCGCCCUCCCCCCGGCGCCGCUGCUGUGCCAGCAGGUAG